AUGAGGGUUGCCGGCUGGGUGAAAGAAACUAUUCGUCGCAAAUGUAAGGUGUGGUUCCAAAACCGUCGUGCAAAAUGGCGCAAGCAAGAAAAAGUCGGUCCUCAGGGUCACCCCUUUGCGUCCUUCGGAGGUCCAACUGGCACGCCACUACCCUUAGGCGGCCCACACGCUUACUUCCCUCUCCGCAAAAGUCCUUUGGAACAUCACAACGCUGGUGCUCCUCCAGCUGGGCACCUACCUCCUCCUCAUGGAUCUUUGCAGAACAAUUUAUUGAACCAGCUCUCUUUGCAGAACUUGAGCCUUCCUAACCAAUUGUCGCAACUUCAAAAUUUAAACUUGCCCAUGUUUGGUUUCCGAUAUCCUGCAGGAUUGGGAUAUUUGUCUCAAUAUCGCCAUCCCCCACCACCGCCACAGUUAUACCCACCAGGUUUCGAAUCACUAUUAGCAAACAUGGGGGCAAGAGUUCCAUUGGGAGAUGGUUCUCCACGUAGUACAUCACCAGGAUCGGCAGAAGGUGCUUCGCCAGAUCCUAGAUCAAAUAGUAUAGCGGCCCUAAGACUGAAGGCUCGGGAACAUGAACUGAGAUUGGAGAUGCUGAGGCAAGGAUCUGCUUCGGCAGGAGACAUUCUGAGUUAG